AACCCCAAUCCCAACUUGAAAACAGGUGUGCUGGGCCUCUAGGUGUAGGUGUGGGCUCACUCACUCUUCUGCAUGCCAGGCUGAGUGAUUUGAAGGAGAAACUGAACACACAGGGGGGAUGAUGCCGGGAUGCUUUGAUUGUCCUCAUCCCAGCUCAUCCAGACCUUUGUGCAUGCACACCCAGAUCCCUCUUGCCAAGUGCACGUUGUUCCUCUGCUAUCUAAACACUAACUUACUUUCUUUGGGAAUACAUGAAAAUGCAGCAGCAGUUGGCCAGUGCUGGUUUGGCAUCUGCGUUGUUGCUCAAUUGUUGCAGACACGUGGCAGGUCCAGAUCCAGGCUGCGCAGUUCAUCGGCCUACUUUGGAGCCCUGACAGUGGAGCAGAAAUGUGAGCUGGCUGAGCGGGAGCUGCUGGACGUGAAAAGUGACAUUCAGAAGAUGGAGGAGGAUUCGGAGGAGACCUUGCAUGACCUCGAGGCAGUCAUACAAGAAGCAGAUGCUUGGUGGGCUGAUGUUAAGAAAGUUGUCAAUGACUUUGAGGAAGACAUUGUCAAAACCAUCUCCAAUGAGAAAGGGAGCAUCACAGCUUCUGAGAAGCUGUUGAGAUACCUGGAGGAGAAGAACCACCAGAGGGAUCUGAUGAGACAGAAGCUGCGCUUAGAAAGCAAUUUUCUCAGGAGCUACAAGAAGAAGCUGCAGCAGCAGCUCAGGCAGAAGGAGCAGGUGGGAGACAAGUUCCAUGAGGUCCAUGCAGAGCUGCUGCAGGUUAAGAAAGCACAGUAUGAGGAGGAGAUUGAUGAGAAGAACAAGGAGCUGCAGCAGCUAAAGCUGGCCUUAGAGAAGAUCCAGAUCCUCAACUUCUGGAAGAAAAAGCUGCACAAUGCCAUGGAAACAUCUGCAGUUCUGAUGAAAGACAUCUCCCAGAGGAAAGAGAUGCUGGAGAAGAUCGAAAGAAAUACCACUCUUGUGAAGGAGCAACAAGCCAAAGAGGAAAGACUCAUUGGGUGGCUGCAGAAGCAGCUGUCAGACUACAGCACCCCUCCUGUGAUGAAUUACGUGCAGACAAUGAUUGCUGUUGCUGACCUGGAAAAGAGUAUCAAGGCUUGGGAGAGGAAGGUGGCAAUUGCUGAGAUGACCUUGCAAAGCCACCACAGAGCAUGGAACCAAGUCAAGAUUUCUGGUAACCUGCACCUGCCUUGUGUGAUGCUUCAGGGCAAGCAGCGGAAGCUGCAGGGGGAGCCAGCCUUGUGGGGAAAAGUGCUAUCAAAUGGUGGAACAUCCCGACUGCAUCCCUCCCUCGAGAAGAGCCAAGGUUCAGCUUAGUGGGACCAGAGUGCUAUUUCUGAAGAGCCUUUUCCCAGCAGCACAAACUACAUGCCUACAGAAAGUUUGAAGCUUUUAAUUUAAUAAAGUCAUUUCAUGUCUGUCUGCAUCCCGA